AUGAGAACAAGGAUUCUCGAGGCGGAAUGGUGGGCAUUCCCUCAAAAACGCCAUUCGCAGCAGAUACCGCAACCUCCAGGAAAACAGCAAGGAUUGCAACCACGUCUCGCUUCCCUCUUAGCCCUCCCACACCGCGUGCACACGCAGGUCCGGCUGCCGGGUUCGCCCAUGCAGUUCCCGGUGCCGCAUGCCAUACUCUUGCACAUAGAAUUGCAGGCGUCUCCCUGUCCGAGGCAGACGUCCGCGGUGGCGCUUUCCCAUAGAGCAGCGAGGACCAGCAUCGUCGCCAACAUCAUCGUGACCUUCCGUGUGAUCCCCAUCUUCUCCUCAGAGUUGAGAAAUAUUGAAUACUUGAGCGAAGAUGUGCUAGAAAGAGAGGAUAGAGAACGGUCGAAAAGAUGUCGACACACUGUACCCACAACUGUUCUCUAUGCCAGAAUCUAUGGAAAUGCGCACAAUUAA